UCCGCGGAUCAUGUGAUACCGUGCCGCAACGUCAUUUUUCUGCGACUAUCUCUGACAUAACUCCAAGUGAACAGCUUUCACCAAACUUGUCGUUAAUUAUUGAGAUGAUGGCUAGCCGUCUCUUGGGAAGAUAUGCUCGCCUGCUGUGCAGGGCCUCUUCUCAAGCUCCAGCUGCUGCUGCCCACCUGGCUCCAUCUGUGGCUGGGCAUGCAAAGGUGCAGAGGGCUCAGGGCACAGCAUGGGUCACAGAGAUGUCAAUGUGUGAGGGAAAGACAGUUACCAAGGAAGACAUCUUUUCCACCAUGCCUCCACUCACCGAGCUGGAUGAGCUAGUGAAAAAAGCAGAAGUGCCAGAGGACAUCCUGAUGGCCUGGGAUGAACAUAGAGGAAAUGGUAACCAAGCUGCAAAUGCCCUGAUAAAUUGGACUCUCUUGGUGCAUAGUAUGAAGGGGAAAUCUAAGGAACAACUGCCAAAACUUAUGAUGGAUUCAAGGUUACUGAAUAUGAUGACUACCAUAUCUCAGCAGGUGUCUUUAGUGUGGAAUGGCAAGCUUGUGUCUGUGUUGCGAGCACUCUGGAUUAUGGGUGUGCCCUCCGACGAUUCAGUACUCAGGUCUGUCCAGACAGAGGUCCUGUGGCGAGUCCGUAGGCUAACCUAUAAGCAGCUUAGCCACCUGGUGGAAUGGGGAGCAGGCAGAAAAAAUCAGGAGGAUAUGGUAUUAAUGAACGCCGCUUUAAAUCAACUGGAACUGCGCUGGACAGAAAUCGCUGAUGCUAAAACUGUCAUUUCACUUGUAUCCAGAGGAGCAGACAUUCCACCUACCUUUAUGGACAGAUUAGCGGACAAGGCUUUAGAGCUUGCAGAGGGCUUAUCAGCAGAAGAGAUCUGCAAAAUCUGUGUGUCCUUGGCAUCUCAGAAUCGCAGAUCUGUCCCACUGCUCAGAGCUCUGUCCUACUAUCUUCUUCAGAAGCCGUCGACAGAGUUCACCACUCCACUGAUGAUAAAUAUGGCUUAUGCUUAUGGGAAGCUGAAUUUCCAGCAUUCUCAGGUAUUUCAGCGAAUGGCCUCAGAGUUGUUACCCAGAGUCCCUGAGCUCCACCCUGCUGACAUCACACGCUUUGCUAAAUCUCUAGGCUUCCUCAAAUGGCUCCACAUCCCUCUCUUUGAGGCCUUUGUUGAGCACUACACAGCAGAGAGUCAGAAGUACAGUACUCCUCAGCUCUGCAAUCUGCUCAUGACUUUUGCCAGACUGGGCUUCCAGCCCAAUAAAGGAGAAGAAUUCUUUAGCAAGGUUCACUCUGUGCUGGAGGGUUCUCUCUCAGACCUGGAACCCUUCCUGCAGACAGAUGUGGUUUGGUCUCUGUGUAUACUGCAGCAGGCCAAGCCCCAUUACCUCAUCCCCCUCACACAACAAAAUCACAUUACCAAACUAUCAGAGGGAAGUCCACUUCAGAAGGAGAACUAUCAGCUGAAGCUCCUCCACAUUGCUGCGACUCUUCACUUAGAGUAUCCAGGUUUCUCAGACACGCCAUUCCCCCUGAACGCUCUGUCUGAGUCGGCCAGCAGAUCCCCCCUCUCUCCCCUGAAGAGCAGUCUAAGAGAGGCAUUACAGAGUUUUGUGGGUGGGAAGCCAGAGGUCCUUCGCACUGGGGUUGACACUGUGUAUGGAUGGACUAUUGAUGGUGAGCUGGUAUUGGACUAUGAAAACAAACCAGUUGACCUGUCAAUGCUAAAAGCCCCUCAUCUGCCCAGUGGAGGAGGAGACCAGGCUUUACCUGCAGGGGCACGACGGCUUGUUUUCUGUGCUUGGGAAUUUCCCAACUUUGGCUCAAAGAGUAGAGACCUUCUGGGACGGUUUGUCAUGAUGAAGCGACAUUUCCAGUUCGCAGGCUUUACCAUAGUGGAGGUGCCGUAUUAUGAUUGGUUGGAGCUGAAGUCAGACUGGCAGAAAUUGGCAUACCUGAAGGAUAAAAUGGGCAAGGCUGUGGCUGAGGACAUGGCUAAGUGAACCUGGUGAAAAAAAAUUGCAGGAUCAGCUAAAUCAAAGUCUUCCCAACCAAAUAGGACCACAAAGAAUGCGCAUACACACACACACAAUUACACUGAGAAGAGAGGAGCACUCCAGAAAAGCUCACUCAUUCUUUGUCAAAAAAAAAAAAACAUCAUGUUUUCAUUCUGGUUCCCUUAGCAAUAUGUGGGGCUUUCCCUGUUUCCAUGGUGAUGACAAGCAAGAGCUUUGGAGCCAGAGGGCAGGACAGAAAUAAACGACAAGUCAGCCAUUCAGUAGAAAACUGAUAUGAUCAAGUCUUUUUGUUCGCAGUAUGUCAAAACAGAUGCACAUGGGCCAUUUUUAGGAUUUUGGUCAAACUGUUGUGCUUAAUAUCAUAAUUUCAAAACAUCUGAAUAACUUAAUUAUCUCUGUGAAUGUGUGGAGUAUCUUGGGAUGGAAUAAAUUUGAUUCCUGUUU